GCGGCCGAGACGCAACCCCCUCGAAAGCUGUACGCUGUGCUUUUCACUCGUGUGCGGUGCAACUAUUCACUUGUGCCGUCGCCGCUCGCGGCAGCGUUCGGCGCUGUGCCCGUCGCUGUCUAAACCUCGUGGCUUGCGCCAGAAUCUGGGUCUGCAUCUGGACUGCCAUCGCAUCGACCAAGCCGAGAGGAAAGACACUGUUUGUGUUGCCUCCGCGUGCCCUAUCCCCCGAUUCGCGGUGCACUUCUCAGUUCGGAAGACGAGGAACAGCAUCUUCCAUAUCCCUUCUUUUCUUCUUUCCGAUUCAAUCUUUUCGCCAAAUAAGAGAUAAAAAAACGAACAUGGCUCUUCCAAAAGAGCAGUGUGUUGGUGUCGUGAGUGAGCGUGCGGACUAACCACCAGCCCGUGCGAGGAGCCCUCAAAUCAAAACCCUACAGAGAAAACAGGAAAGAAAAGACUCAUUGCUUACCUACUCAUUCAGUCUCGGCUGGUGCAUCCCCUCAGUUCUGACAGUUUGAUGGCGGCCGGUUGUGUGAGCGGCGUCGGUCGCUCUCGGUUCCGCCGUAGAGCGUAGAUUCUGAGACAGACGUGUGUCGAGGAGUAAGCUCCGGCGUCCAGGAAGAAGGCGCCGUGGAAGACGACGCUCGCGCAAGAGCGAGCAGUGUCUCGGCUUUGCAGCCUGUAGUGUUGACGGAGGCCGAGUGACGUGUCUCUCUAUCGGCUCUGGCAUCGGUGGCAUUCACCCGUCGGCACCGGUGGACGAACAGACUGACGGGUGCACGCCGUGUUUUUGACGCCGAGUCUGAAGAAAGGAAGGAUUGAAGUGUUCUCUUGCUCCCUACGCCGUGGCUUGAAGCUCUGGAUCUACGCAUUAAGCACGUCGCACGUGCACUGGUCUCCACCGAUUGGAUAACUCAGUCGGCCUGCCUACAAACAUCAGUACUUCCUAUUUAAAGGACACUACUAAUGGCCCUCACAAGGCUGCUGCUGUGCCGUCAUGAUGUUCAUUCCCGACUGCAGCGACUUCUUCAGGACUGACUUGACCUAUAUCUGAGAAGGCGUGCUUGAUUGUGCUGUCGGGCCUUCGCUGCAAUGCGACAUUCGCGCCUUAUUUCUACGUGGGCCCUGGCACUAAUCGUGUCUUUCUUCGACUUUGUAUGGCCAGGUGUUCCAGGUAUCAAGCUUCGCACAAUGACAACAGUAACAGACGAAACCCAAAGAAGAGUGGUCGCUGUCGACGCCUACGAGAAUUACGCGUUUACGAGGCGAGAGCGAGUGGUCCCUCGUCUCACGGCAGUGGUGGAAGGCGCCGUCGAGUUGCCGUGCAACCUGUCGGUACCGGCGUCUAACCACGACCGGGACAACGUUACGCUAGUUCUGUGGUCCAAGUCUGGGGUUCACGGGCCGCUCUACAGUGUGGACGCUCGCAACUCUCCACUGGAGCGAGCCAAGCACUUCCCCAGCCCUGACCUCGGCGGACGCUACGACUUCAACACGAGCGCCCUGCCGACUGCGCUUCUCCGCAUAGAUCCCGUGCGGCCAGAAGACGCCGGGGAGUUCAAGUGCCGUGUGGACUUUCGAUGGGCGAGGACGCACACUUAUGUCGUGUCCUUGGAAGUGAUAGUACCCCCCAAGAAAGCCAUCAUCACUGACGAGUCGGGCAAGGUUCUGCAAGACGUCAUUGGUCCCUACGACGAAGGCGCUCCCCUGAAGUUGGCCUGUGAAACGAGGGGAGGAUCUCCACUACCGGCCGUUACCUGGUGGCGGGAAAUGAACCUUCUGGACGACCAGUACUUCAACACAAGCGAAGGCACCUCGCGCAACGAGCUGCUAAUCCCAAAACUGGAGCGCUCGGACGCACGCAGCGUGCUCACGUGCCAGGCGUCGAACACCAAUCUGACGCUCCCCGUCUACGCCUCCGUGACGAUCGACAUGAACCUGCGUCCCCUGGACGUGAAGGUGACGAGCGCGCGUGACGUGCUCGUGGCGGGUCACCGGGCGGAGCUGCGCUGCCAGUCCCGGGGUGCGCAGCCGGCAGCGCGCAUAACGUGGUGGAAGGGCGGCCAGCAGCUGGGCCGCACCGUGGAGAAGCUCGAGGGCAACGUCACCUCGAGCACGCUUAUCUUUGUGCCCGGGCCCGAGGACCACGAACGCCUGCUCACCUGCAAGGCGGACAACCCCCAGCUGCCCGACAGCGCCAUCGAGGAUGCCAUCUUUUUGUCUGUCACGUACGCGCCGCAGCUCUCGCUGAGCGUCACCUCGACGCACGCGAGCGGCGCCAUCCUCGAGGGCUCGGACGUGCUGCUCGAGUGCGCGGUUCGCGCCAACCCGUCCGUGCGCGACGUCUGGUGGAAGCACAAUGGCCGCCUGCUCGACCGGAGCCGAGACGCCGGCCUCGACCUGGUGUUCGGCAACCAGUCGCUGCGGCUCCUGCGCAUCCGCCGCACCAGCGCUGGCACUUACCAGUGCCUCGCCAGCAACACGCAGGGUCACGGCGAAAGCAAUCAGCUACAGCUACAGGUCAAGUUUGCUCCCGUGUGCCGGGAAGGACAGAAGUUGGUUUACGGCGUCGCCAAGGACGAGGCGGCUCAGGUGUCCUGCGAAUUGGAAGCUGACCCCCCGGAUGUGUCCUUCCAGUGGCGUUUCAACAGCACCUUCGAGGGAGAGCGGCACCUGUCCGCCAUGCCGGUCGACAAAGAACUGCGCAGUGUCGCCACCCACGUUCCUCGUAGCCGCACCGACUACGGCAUGCUCUACUGCUGGGGAAAGAACAGCGUCGGCACGCAGGUCAAGCCAUGCGUGUUCACAAUCGUCGCCGCGGGACCCCCGGAGCCCUUGAGUAAUUGCAACGUGGUCAACGCCACCGCUGAUUCGCUCAAAAUAGAAUGCGACUCUGGAUACGACGGUGGGCUGGAGCAAACAUUUCAUCUCGAGGUCAUCGACUCGGUGCGCAGUGAGACGCUCGCGACGCGAGAGCAGAAGGAGCGGCCGUUGUUCCUGGUGCAGCCGCUGCCACCGGGCACCGAGUUCAUAGUGCGCGCCUUCGCUCAGAACGCCAAGGGGCGCAGCGACAGCGACAUCUUCACAGCAAGCACCGAGGAGGCGCGCGACGAUGGAGACGGUGACUCUCUGCAGCUCGCCAUGAGUCCUCUUCUGGGCGUUUUGAUCGGGGCUGUGGCUGCUCUGAUCCUCGUAGCCAUUAUCAUUAUUAUCAUCAUGAGGAUGCGUGCCCAUGACAACGACGCAGAUUCCAGGGAGCUCAACACUGCUGAUAAGUCACAGACCCUUCUGCGAAAGGGCGUCGUUGUCGAGGACACCAGUGAAGGUGACAUCAAAGACCCGGAUAUCAUACCGCCAAAGACAGAUUUGGAAGAUCCAGAGUGGGUCUUCCGGCAACUGAACGGAUCCAAUGGUAGGAUACGCCAAGACGUGGGCAUUUCCAAGGGCGGCAUGAUGUACGGCACGUUGCCAAAUGUCAAAGUCCAGAUGCCACCUCAGCAAUUUCGUGACGACAUGAUGUACCGCGAGCGGUACUACCCGGGCAGCGGAGUGGCCGGCGACCUGGACAGCAGCCCCGGGGAGCGGCAGCGCAGUGGCGGCACGUUCCGACCCCAGGGCAGCAUGCCAGACCCCGACGAGGUGGACCGCAUGAUCGCUUCCUCCAAGGCUCCCCUGCACACGGCCACACUCAUGCGCAGGAGCCCACAGAGGCGGGACACUCCUGAGCGGGAGCGCCGUACCAUAUCGACGCCUGUCUGACAGGCGGAGACGACGUUCGGGCAGGCCCCAUACGACAACGGGGAACAAGCGGAGGAGCGGCCCGGACCGCCCUUCUGUCCGAACGACGACUCCUCGACCGCUCAGUGCCCGGAGGAAGACGGCGACGAACCCUCUGUGAUCGCUGCUGCCGCCGCCACAAGACGGCGCCACCAUCUCCACGAGACCACCACCAGUGCCUUCUCCAGCCAGCAGAGACGCUACCCUAACGCCGCUGCCGCAGCUGAGAGCUUCGAACUUGGAACACGCCGUCGCCGGGACAGUGCGUCUUCCACGGACUCUUACAUGUCCUGGAGUGCGGGACAGCCCGCAGCCAGGGCGCGUGGCUCGCAAGAGCAGGAAAUGCUUCGUCACCACCGGCAGACUUGGCUGGGAGCCACUCUGCCUCGCGGUGGAUACUCCCAGCCCCAGCAGCAGCCACAGCCGAUGCAGCAGGAGCGACGCAACUCGUUUGGCGAUGAAGGACCGCGUUACGAGAACACAGCGUUCCUCAGGCAGCUUCAGCUGCGCAGCGUGGCCGAUGAACCUUCAGCCGCUUCCGGAGCCACGUUGCGUGGCACAAGGCGUAGCUGCCGCGUGUGAGCGCGGUUAGUGCUCGUGCGAACUGGCAGCUCACGCAGCGAGGAAUGGCAAAUGAGGCUCGCAAGACAACGUCGGCUUGCAUAGAUCGAGAACGCUGUCAAGAACUUUGAAAAAUUGUUCAGAGCGCACUAAAAUAUCUAUUUUCGUUUGUUAUUUUAUUUUACGGUCUGUGUACUCCUCCAAAUUUCAGGCACCCAUCCUCAAACUUACACGGCAUUCAAUGCCACCACAAAUCAGUGGCGGUAAUGUUUGAAAAAUUGCUGUUCGCUUCUGCACUCAAAGAAGGGUUGAGCAGGGUGCACUUUGAGCCAAUAUUACUGAUUCGUCUCUUAGUACUAACACUAUUACUCAUUCGUCUACUACUAUUCGCAACGAAUUUCCACGCUGCGUGAGCAACCAGUUUGAUUAAGCUCUCCAGGGACACUCUUAAGGCUUUGCUCUGCUAUGCGUACGAUUAACGUACGCUUUAAAGUACCUAAAGAGACACCGUUUAGCCCAGUGGCUUCGGCAUACUGCCCUGAGGAUUUUUCAUUGCAUGGUCAUUAAUAAGACUUGCAGCGACGGCAAUAAUGAAAUGCCGAUCCCCUGCUGCAUUCUCGGCUUUGCUGAGCGCUCGAGAUUCCUGCGUGUUUAAUCGUGCGCGGGUGCGAGUGUUAAUAGUUCUUUGAGUAUAUCAUGCUGAACAUUUAACAGGCGAUUCUAGUCGGCCCCACCAAAGAAAGUGCAAUGGCAACAGUUGGGUAUCGCGCUUUAAUAGCUUGCACUCCAAAGUAUUUCAUUUCUUUCCUUGCCGGUUUAAUGUUCAUUACAUUUGAAGCACUAGUAUUGCGCGAUGAUACGGCACUAUGGUCGGGUAAACUAUAUUAAACAAUUUCAAGUCGCACUAAAAAAAUAUACCACUCAGUACCGCCUUCUUUAGGGUCAACAGAGUCUCAUCUGUUAGGCCACAACGUGGUUACGAUUUUUCUGUCGCUUCCACUUAUGUAAGUAUUUUCUUGCAUUUUUUUCUGCAUUUACAACCGCCCAUGCCGUAGCAAUUAAUUGCGCUAAGCUGACUACAGGAACUGACAAUAGUGAACAAAGGCAAGGAUGUUUCGAAAUUGAACACAUACAUGAAAUAGUAAUGAAAAUCCUGACAGGCUCCAUGAGGCGCUUGUAAAAACAAUGAAAGUUGAAUGGGGGUAGCUCGAGCAGGAAAACACGACGAAGAAGCAGAAAUGACAAAAUUGUUGAUACUUAUUGCAAAGUUAAUAGGCUGAUUACUAUGACAUCACCAUUUCUCGUGAAAGAUCAUCCUCAAUACAGCGUGUUCUUAUAUUUGUUCAAUUUAAAUUAAGGAAGGGGGACGGCUUACAUUCUCACAUAUGUUCGGUGCAUAGCUGCAACGGCGGACAAAAACGACAUUCUUUGAUCUCCUUAUUCACUAUACUGAAAUUCGUUAAGUUUCGCUUGGCGGGUGAAUACCUAUUAAUUGUUGUGCAGUACUUCAAAAUAAAGGCAAGCUUUUUUUUUCAGAUUUUAACGUGUCAAUCCGGCGCCUCGCUGAAUAACAGCAAAUUGAUGUCAGCGAUUGAACUGUGCAGCAGUAUAUUCUGCUUUGCUUUUAGGCUCCAACUAAGCGUGAAGGUGGCAGAAAGUUUUCGCAGGCUUAACAUUAUUUCUUGCUUCCUACCUUUAUGCACAUGGCUUUCCUUUCAUCUAGCGUUUAUGUAUGUCAACCUGCAGCUCCAUAGUGUACGCCACUUUUAUAACGCAACACGAUAGCGUUGCGCGCAGCAGCGCAUGUGUAAGGGAGCAUUGCAUUAGGAGUUCAUAUGUGGAAGCGUCCUGAUGUGGACAGCUUGCAUGACCUUGCAUGGGCUGAAUCAGCAUGGACCAACUGUUGGGCAGGCUCCCUAGGUGGGACUUGUGGUGCGGCGACGAAGAUGGUUUCUGCAGUGAGUGACCUGUGGUUCUUAACCAUGCCGCUGCUUCGUAGGGUGGCCACUACUCUGGAUUACUUGGCAGGUAGCUUAUAAGUCGAAAUUGAACAGCAUACUCGAAAGCUAGCUGUCUCGAGCAAGUGGCCCCCCGUAGACUGCGUUAACUCCCUCCAAACUGCAGCGCUACCCAAUUCUAAACACAAGUGAUAUGGGCUGUAAGGCAACGUCAAUCUUACCCAUCCUAGAACAAUGCUGUGUAGUUGUGUGGCCGUUCUUUUUAUUUUUAUUUGUCUGCGAUACAAUUAUUAAUAAAGUUGGAUUUAAGGUAUGCUCUUGUAGGCGUCGGGCGGGAAUGUUUUUACGCAACUACGACGACGCAUCACACCUGUAUAGGCUCAAACGAUUCCUGACUAGAACACUACUGCCGGGCAAAUGUAGCCUACCUAGAAUUUUCUUGUCGAAAUCACGUUACGGACAUGUUAUCGCCUGAAGCACUAGCGACUAUACCGAAAGUAUAACAACUUCCUAAAUAAUGUAGGCUCAUAAAGCAGCGCUCGGUGAUCCUAAGUGCCUUAGAAGCCCCCAACAGAGGAUAACUGUUACAUUUGUUUAUUCAGGCACUUACGCCGUGGGACUGUGAAAAAGGAAGAAAAUAGAAAAACCUACCUUUUUAUAUUGCUACAUGUUCUACUGCGCCGCUGUAUUCGCAUAUAUGUUUCCCUGCUGUAACUUUUAUUGCUUGAUUGAAAGCUUGCCAGUUCUUCGGUCUUUAGAAUCUUUUUUUCAAUGAAGUAUGCUGCGUGCAAAUACCUAUUGUAAGUGUUUCAGCGCAGGACCUUUGAAACGUGAUUGCAUUCCUUGUUCAUCCUUAACAUAUGCUUGGCACCCGCAUUACCAGCAUAGCUGUUUCCAUGUCAGAUCACUUUCUAAAAUUCUGCAAAAUGUGGUAACGACAGAUUUUGUAAACAUUAUUUGAAGCAUUGCUUACAAACAUCAUAAUUGAAUUGCACCAGCAAAGAUACUUCAAGUGUCAGUGAACAAGCAUUGAGAAGUUUUCUAUACCACGUCAUAUUUUAAUAUAUCUAACUAUGACUCCUAACCUCGUGGGAUGGGAGAAAAGUUGAAGAUCAGGGUAAAUUAGAACUGUGUCUGGCUUUUAAAGCGAGUACAGAAGCAGCCAUUGCACUUUACCGGUAAACUAAACACGGCUAGCGUGAGCACUUGUGGCUAUUGUACCACCUAUACAAGACAUGAAAGCCGUUAUAAAUAAAUCGUAACUAACGAUUACUUGAAGAAAUAUCUAAACUUGUCUCUGUAAAUGCAUCUUUGUGUGGCAGUCAUCGAUGCCAUGCCAAAUUUUCAUUCUUGCACUGACAUCAUUAGAGGAACAGAUUCCGUGUAAUUAUAAGACAAACUCAGUGGAGGGCGACUAAUGUUUAUGAGAUUCCUCAAGCAUAGGUAAGAGUGGCCGGACUCAGUGCAGUGUUAACUGUAGAUCGCUGCGAGAGGCUUUGGAGUUGAGUGAACUUGGGCGAUCUGAUGAGGCCUGUCACUAUUUUCGUCAUUCGUUAUGCUGAACAUUCUGCGAUUAUACGUGAAGGGUGCUUAAAGGCAGUUUUGGGAAUGCGAUAAAAGUUGCAUUCGCUACUAGCCUUGAAUCAUCGGUCAAAUGACACGCGUCCAGUGAUCAGCUUGGGACUUCGUUGAGGUGUGACUAAUGGCUGUUAUCUAUUUCCAGGAUUUUUUCCAUUUAUACAUGGCUUGCACAUUGAGAGCACUUUGCACUGAUGCGCGAAAAAUUAUUCCAUAUCCUUUUAGGCUUCUCUUUCCUUUUUUGUGCUUUCUGACAUUUGGAUGGUCUUCCUCGCUAAGAGGAAUUUAGCCACGUUUUUGUGACGCCCAAAGCGUAUGCUUGUAAAACUCAACCCUCAUAAGCUAUGUAGCUAUUCGCAGCGCGCGCUUACUUUAUAGCCUUACGGCUUCAUGGCACUGUUUCUAUCUGCGGUAGCUUACGGCACCUGUAAAAUGAUAAGAUGUGAACGUAGCUCAUGUUCAAGACAUGAAAAACAGACGCACGUGGAGUCACAAUGUUACUAUUUCCUACUCACUGUUCGUCAGAAUGAAAUAUAAACUAUAAUAUGAACUUAAAACUCUCUCUUUGACAUUUUCCAGCACGGCUAGAGAGUCGUCUUGGUGUAACUUUUCGACACUUUAAAACCGUUCUUCAACGAUGUUCUCUUUCGGAUUAGCUUGCAGCAGUAUACAGUACGAGUGCUUUAUACAACUCUCAACACAUUAAGGAUCCUAGCACUUGCCCAUCUAUGAGCUAAAACUGAAACCUUUGUACUUUCUGCGAACUUAUGAUCCCAAUAAAAGAUUGCGGUUUGCGUCCCUGUACGCCUUUCGGGGCGCAUUCAUAGCCCGUAAUGUGAGAAUAAGCCUUCCUUAUGAACAAGGAUUAUAAAUAUUCAUCGCUGGGAGUGUUCUUCAAUAGACACGACAUCAAAGCUGCCCAUUUCGUAGCGAACGCAGCAUCUAUCUAUAGCAACUGAAAGGAACCUUCCUUUUCUUUUGGGUGUAGGUCUCCUCGAAAUAAGCGCGCGUCGAAACCAAACGCAGUAUUUUUAUAACACGCAACGCACGCACACGCACUUUAUUACAGGAACAGCAAAGCAGCGAUUAGCUAGCUGCAUUUAUUGAGCGAAUAAGAUUGGCCCCCAAAUGGUCACGCUUAAAAGCAGCUUCUCCCUUGACCUCGUGACCUGCUCCGUCUUAUCGAGGCCGCGCCACCGUCAGCCUUUUUGGCAGUCGCAUGUUUCGCGACUAAGGCGACGGCGAUGCAGGAGACUACGGACAGGCGGCCAUGCGUAACACGCCGGAACGACCAUUAAUGCGUUGCGAUAUGUGCACGGCCAUUGUGCCUUUUGUGCGGUCGUCCUCGAGGAGAGAAAGCCGCGUUCGAUUUGGGAUGGCAUCGUUUAUGGUGGGACAUUCACUUUCACCACCGUCCUUCUUGCGUUCUCCCCUCUCCUGGUUCGUGUAAUGCGCCAGCCCCCCCCCGCGCUUGGUUGGAUCUUAUUGUGGGGCUAGCGUAUAGUCGAAGCUUCGACCCACCAUCUGGCAUUUUUACGGUCCCCGACGCUUGUCGCCUAUUUUGUCCAGAGCGUAGUGGCCUUUCACAGGAGGCGCCAGUACGCCCCGCGCGAAGGCAAUCUUUUGCACGGAGCGCCGUUGCCCGCUCUCACUUGCUACACUGGUAAUAUUCUUGCUCUUUCUUAGGUUUCCACCCGCUUUUUGACGAUGUCCUAGCGAAUUUCUAUAGGCUAAAGGUUAUAGUGCGUCGUUGUUCCCAUGGUGUUUUGUGCACCUGCCACAGCGGACAUUGGUAGCAUUCGCCGUCAUCCAAACGUUUUACGCGCGCUGUUUUAUUAUCCGGUAUAUAUACGUUAUUGACGAGACGCUUGCUUAUAGUUAGGAUAUUCCAAUAUUUCUUUUCUUUAGUUGCAACGUUCAGUUUCUUUCUGUAAACAUUGCACUGAUCUCGGGCAACACUGAUAUGUAUGUGUUACCGGAAGAGUAUUGAUCUUUCUCCAAACUAGUUCAAUGAAAUUAUUCUUAAACUGCUUACGACUGACCGGCUGUUAAGAUCACUAGAGGGAUGCUCAGUUUGUGGACGUAAAAGUUAACGCCAGGUCAUAUAGGGCGAGAUACCUUUGCAUCGCCGGGAUCGUAUAACUUGGAACAUGAACCCUGAGGUUGAAGCAAAUUUCUUUGAGUCCUUGGGUGAACCGUUCAAAAGAAAGUGCUUUGUAAUAUUUUUUUAUUUAAAUUGUUUUUUGGCAGUGCGCGAAUAGGUAUAAUUAAGUUGUAAGCCAUUGUUUUUCAGAGCGCUUCAAUCCCUUAAAGUCCCUAAGUGGUAAUGUUGAUACAUGAGUCCCACUUUUAUUAAUGAAUUAUAUAGUAAUCAGCAAACUAUAUUGUUUGGCUAGUUCAAUGCGAAGAACAAAUUGCCGUAAGUAAAGAAAAUAUCAUAUUAAGAAAAAGAAAGGAGUAGGGUUAGGCAGACUGGAACAUGGUGCAAAGCAGAAUAAUUGCAGUGCUGAUUCUGUGCACUGUCGUUUUGUCCUCCCCUUUUCGCGCAACGAAUUUUGAGUUUAAGUUUAAUAAAUGUCAUUGGCCCCAUCGGACAAGCUCAAUGAGUUUCGCGAAUAAAUUUGCUGCGCAGCAGAGUUCUUUGAUUUACCAGUAAUAUACACUUCCAACGAGGCGGCUCAUGUGAACUUUCGCGAUCCGAUAAAAUUCGUGUAUUUAAUCAAACUUAAUGUUUGCAUGAAGAACUAAGCAUUGUAGUUAUUUGUCCUAAACACGUCAUUGAGAAACGAGAGAAAGGUUUUUUGAUGACAAUGAUUCUCGCAAUGUUGCUUGCAUAAGUGAAAAGCGGUGAAUGUAACCCUAAAGUCGUUCACAUUGAAAACAACUUGGAAAUACAGAAGAUUCAGAAAGAUAAAAGUAAUGUGGUGUUAGAGACUGCCAGUUCAAGUGGAAUAAAAAGCGUUCCUUGUUUACCAAUAAGGAUAAAAUUCCUUUAAGAAAUUCUUAGGAUAAAAAAUAGUGUCUAGAGCCAAUCCACAGCCGAACCUCUAGCAAGAAAUAUAUAUGUACCACAAUACACCGCGCUAAAAUUCUGCCAAGCAAUUGAGGUUAGGAAUGUACCUGAUUCAUAUCCCAGUUUGAAAUUUUUACGCUCUCGCCUUUCCGAACUCAAGCUCCGAAGAUGGCAUUCUUAACUUGUCUGGCCUUUGUGUGGGUAUAUAAAAAUUGUAUUAUACCUCACAACAAAGUAGUCGAAAAUGCAAAGGAGGAAUUCAACAGUGCAAUAAGUAUUAUCUUAUUCAAGAUGACGCGUAGCACACUUUGUCGUUUUUAAAGGAUCAUUCCGCCGUUUUUAUUCCACCGGUCGGAUUGAAACCGGUGGCAUAAAACAGAUUUUGGUUCAAGUGCAUACGCUGAAUGUCUGAAAUGCCCAUGUAUAACAUGAGACACGAGAUGAUGUCAUGACACGGUAUCAUCACGAAAUGUCAUGCGAUCGCCGAGAGAACAGCUGCUUUUUGGCCAUCGUUCAUAACGUAGUUUAUGUUCUAAAGAUACUCGUAAAACGUGCACUGACCAAACUUGAUAAUGAACACAAGUUUCUAGGUAAAGCAAAUGUAUGUGUCUUCAGCUUGCUCCAACUAGAACUUAUGUGCGUUAGGUAUUCCUUUAUUUAUUCUGUCGCUGAGACGAAAUGAUAACCAUGCCGAUCGCCACGUGUGGUGUGAUGUGCGCACAUCCGUACCCAGGAGCUCACAGGCAUCCACAUUUCACUUGAACAUUAAAAAAUAUGUAACAUAGGAUCGAUGGCUCUAACAUGAGGGAACACAGAGAAAUGAAAAUGGAGUGUUUAGAGACUUUGUCUAUUGUCAUGUGCACACUUCAUUGAAUUUCUUCGCCAAGCACUGUAAAUACGCGUGCCCCGUCAGAGAUGGUAGCAGCAGUUGAGCCUUGAAGCAAGCUGUUGUUUUCGCCUUUCUGUAUGUCUGAUUCGGCCAAGACGCCAUUCGACUCGCAGGCUGCGCUUACAUUCUCUGGCGAGUCGUUACCUUGGAGGUUUCGAAUUCAGGAAUCUCCAACAAUGGGUGUGUACAUAGGGCGCAAUUCGUAGAGCCGCAUCGGGUUGUAUAUAAGUACAUAAAUUACAUGAUUCAUUAAUAAAUAGGGAAUUCAAAUGUAAAUAGGACUUCGCAUGUUGUUUCCUUAAUAUAUAGGUUGACUUUUCUUGUAAUAAAUAAAGUUUGGCUUUGUACUACA